GGUGGCACCUGUUACUGCGGGUUGGAUAUUGAUCUCAUGCAUGACGGGGAUCACCCAGAAGACUGUCAAACACAUUUUCCCGUCUAUUCUGGCAGGAGGGUGUUUUCAGUACCACUGGUGGGAUGCUUCAAAGAUACUAACUUAGAGGCAAUGUCAAAUUCACCCAUCAACUUGAUAAAGGAAUUAGCAUACGGGUCCUGCUUUUUGUACUGCAAGAAACUUUACGCCAAAUAUUUUGCUAUAAAGGACACCAAGUGUUUGUGUGUUUACGCGUCCAACGUGAGUGGGCAGGUUCCAAUAAGCGAAUGCGUGAUAACUUGUUCGGAUGACAUUAAAAAAUCAUGUGGUGCCAGCAAUCGCUAUUCGCUCUACAGUCGUAAGCUCUGUUCUGUUGGAGUUAUUAGUUUCAAACAGUUUUGA